AUGGAUAGAAAAGUUGAAAUAUUUGGUCCAAGAUCAGGAAAUAACUUGGUCGAAAUAGGUGAAAACGAUGAAGCCUGUAAACAAAAAGUUGAAGCCAUAAGAUGCAUGGCAGAUCACCUUGAGCAAGAACUUGCUACAAAUAAUUUCAACCACAUUACUCAUGUGACCAACAAUAUGAAUAGGUUGUUUACAAUGUUGAAUGAUAUUGAGACAGUGCAAAAUAGAAGAAGGUAUAAUUUGAUGUGGCGAGGAUCAACCCCAUGGAUAUUAUAUUUACAAUAA